AUGACGAGCAACGACGAGUACAAGCGCAAGUUUAUACGGGCACGGAUGGCCGCCAUGACACAUUUAUCGACUGUUGCGAACAAUACCGGGAAUAACAAUGCGAAUUCGACAGUCGAUAACACACUUCCCAGUGCGCAACCUGUGAUAAAACUGCCGAAGAUCGAACUUAGAAAAUUUAGUGGGGACGUGAAAGACUGGCUGCCUUUCUGGUCGCAAUUCAAGAAGAUACACGAGGAUGCUGCCAUCAACAAAGGAAACAAGUUCCAAUAUCUUCUACAGGCGAUAACAGCACAGUCGCGUGCAGCCGAGCUAAUAGACAGUUUUCCUCCCAUGGAAGAAAAUUAUGACAGUGCGAUCGAGAGUUUAAAGAAUCGUUUCGGCCGAGAUGAAAUGCUUGUGUACGUGCGCGAGCUUCUCAAGCUAGUUAUGCAAAAUGUCCUGAAGCCGGAUGAUCAAAUGCCAUUGUCUAGUUUGUAUGAUAAGAUAGAGGCUCAGCUAAGAGCACUCGAAACGCUCGGGGUCACGUCGGAUAAGUGCGGCGCCAUGUUACUCCCGCUUGUCGAGUCCUCAUUGCCCGAAGAACUUUUACGUGCUUGGCAGCGUCAUCCAGUGCCGGUCGGGGCAGAUGGGGAACGAAGAGAAGAACGACUCACACAGCUGAUCAAGUUUCUGCGAUCCGAAGUAGAGAAUGAAGAAAGAAUAUCUAUCGCGAUGCACGGUUUCGAUUUGAAGAAGGAUGAGCCCAAAACAUCGAAACAAAAACAACGCUCGGAUCAAGCAAAAGGUACGCCGUCCGCUAUAAGCCUACACGCACAGGGAAAGCCGAAUAAACCGAUAGACUGUGUAUUCUGUGAAAAAGAGCACGCGAGUGUAAAGUGUGAAAAAGCGCGAAAAAUGACAUUGGACGAGAAAAAAUCGUUAUUACAACAAAAGAAUGCGUGUUUUAACUGUCUAAAAAUCGGUCAUCAGAGUCGCGUGUGUCGGAGUAGUCAAAAGUGUGCGAUGUGCAGUCGACGGCACGUGGUGAUAAUGUGUCCGGAUAUAAUCAACCGAGGGGAUGCAACGGUGUCAACUAAUGCAGACGAUGGAAAAGAAAAGGUACUGUCGAAUUCCAAUCAAACUAGAGAAGCGGACGUAAUUUUACAGACGUUACAUGCCAAGAUUCGUAAUGGCAAGGAAGAACGUGUAGUGCGGGUGUUUUUCGAUCAAGGUUCCACUCGAUCUUACGCUACUAAGGACAUUAUUCGUCAGAUGAAAUAUAAAGCGAUCAGUGAACACAAGCUCAAACACUCGCUUUUCAGAAACGUUACGUCUGCGGUCAAGAGUCAUAAGAAGUAUGUGGUUCAUCUGUGUAGUCUGGACAACAGUUAUUCGUGCAACUUCAAAGUGUUCGACGAAGAGGAAAUAUGCGCAGAAAUUCCUCUGUGGGAAAAACAACCAUGGAUGGAUGAAUUGAAGGAGAUGGACAUACAACUCACUGAUGGACCGUCUAAAUGCGACUACGCUGCACCGAUCAAAAUUCUCAUUGGGGCAGAUAUAGCAGGAAAACUGAUGACCGGUCGUACUAAACAACUCAGGUGUGGAUUGACAGCAGUUGAGACAAGUCUCGGCUGGACGCUGAUGGGCCAGGUUCCGAAAUAUGUUACGGACGGUCUCGCCGAGCAGGCGAUUUCCAUGUUUCAACGUGAAGCCUGUGUAUCUGAUCUUUGGGAACUGGAUGUGAUUGGCAUCAGCGAUCCGGUUAUGGAGAAGUCUCGCAAAGACCACGAUGAGGAGAUUCUGAGGCGUUUCGAAGAAACAGUCAUUGUCAAUGCGGAAGGACGAUACGAGGUAUGUCUCCCGUGGGUCGAGACACAUCCCAGUUUGCCGAACAACAGGGAGCUUGCAGAGAAGCGGCUCAUCACGACUACUAAGAAGCUGAAAUCGUCGGCGUUGUACGACGAAUACGAUCAAGUAUUCAACGACUGGCUAGCGGAAGGAAUCAUUGAGGUGGUGCCUGAUGAUGAGAUCGACCAAGAGGCACACUAUCUACCACAUAGAGGCGUCGUUAAAGUGGGAGCAGUGAUCAAUUAUCAUUUGAAGAAAUUGUUGUCUGAUGAGAGCAUUAAAUCUAUGUUUAAGAACGCAGAUAAGAAUCUCACGAAGUUGAUGGAAAGUUUCUAUGUAGACAACUGCGUAACAAGUUUAGACACAAUGACCGAAGUCGAGCUAUUUAUGUAUGAUGCGAAACACGCGAUGAAUGAGGGAGCGUUUGAACUCAGAGGAUGGGAGAAUUCGCACUCGAAGACGGGAGAAGUAGAAAUUUCGGUAUUGGGGCUUAUUUGGGAUAAGAGCGAUGACACGUUGCGUUUAGUAACUCCCCCGAUCGAAACGAUUAUGAACGAAAAGAUUACGAAGCGAGUAAUACUUUCUUACUCUCACCGCAUCUUCGAUCCUUUAGGUUUUGUUUGCCCGGUUAUGAUCACUCCCAAACUCUUGUUGCAACAAACUUGGGUCUCUAAAAUUAAAUGGGAUGAUGAGGUUUGUGACGAAAUACAAAACGAAUUUAAGAAAUGGCUCGGUAGCUUGACACGAUUAAACGAGCUUCGUUUUCCUCGCUGGGCUUUUGAGUCACCAGCUCGAGAUACUAGUAUAACGUUUCAUGUGUUUUGUGACGCUAGUAAGAAAGCAUACGCUGCGGUGAUUUUCGCACGCGUGGAGUGUGCUUCCCAAGUCAACGUCCAGUUUGUCACGGCAAAAGCUAGAGUAGCUCCAGUUGCUCCUAUGACGAUUACUCGACUUGAACUCUUGGCUGCCAGUAUGGCCGUAAGACUGGCGUGUUCUACGCAAGGCCUGGAAGCACAUUCCUGGCGAAUUAAAUCCGGCGGAUCUACCGUCACGAGGAUGUACAAUCAAUACGCUAUGUAG